CGGGCUUGUGAGCAAUCUUGUGCAGCAACACCUCCUCUAGAUAUACGGAGUAACUGCUCCCAUACCAUGCCAAAUCAAUCUUCGCCAGAGCAAACCAGAAGAGCAAAUCGUAGACAGGAGUGCAGACCAAAGGUAUUGCGCUUAUCGAUGGUAGGAAAGACGUGGAGCUUCACGUACUUCCACUGUCGACAUACGGCGCUUCACCAGCACAUGGGUUGGAAGGACUGGCAAACAUAAAUCGUGAAGUACUGCUUGUCGGCAAUCGUACAGUGCUGCAGAACGCUGAGUCAUAGCAGGGCCAGCAACGAUCUAGUGUAGUCGCUCAAGCACGGAAAUUGAAUCUGCUUGAUUUUGUACCGGUGACAAACGCGACAUGGACUGGGUACUGCGAAGUCCUUCCUACUAUCAAUUCAUUUUGUUCCAAUAGAGUUCGUGUCAUCAUCAAUCAUUACUUUCACUCAUCGUCUCUGCUGGGCAUGCUGCUGAUUAUGCUGCUGAGUAUGCUGCUGCUGCUGUUCUUGCUCGCUCGGCAUCGCAUAUGCUGUGGCCGCACCCGGUCCAGAGGGAUACUGCGGAAUUCCGCCUUGCUGUCUCAUAGUGCAGCCAAGAUCGCCAUGUAUCUGCGUGCCAUGAUAGACGCAUUGAAACACGCAAGGUCUACUGCAGUCAUAAUACUGUCUUCCACCAAAUUGUGUGGCUUGUCGUUCUCGUUGCUGGGCUUGAUCCAAGUGAUGUCUCAAAUAGUUGACCUCAUCACGCAAUUUCUGAACUUCUGUCAAAAAGGGGUGGUCGAAUUGGAUGAAUCGUGGCUGGACAUCGACCUGGAUAGCGUGCUGGACCGGCGGAGCUUGAUGCUGUUGGGUACGAGGAGCCUCUUGUCCGGGUGAUGGUAGCGGCAGGAUGGGUCUGCCAAUGGAUCCUGGGUGGUGCUGCUGCUCCGUACUAGAAGGCCCGUGAUGAUAUCCGUUAGGCGCUGGAACACGCGCGACCGAUUCUGUCAGAUG